AUGAGAUCUAUCAAAUCAGUAGUUGUAGGAGAUGGAGGAGUUGGUAAAACUUGUUUAUUAAUAUCAUAUACAACAAAUACUUUUCCAAAUGAUUAUAUUCCAACAGUAUUUGAUAAUUAUUCAGCAUCAGUAUUAAUAGAUGGAGAACCUAUAAAAUUAGGAUUAUGGGAUACAGCAGGACAAAGUGAAUAUGAUAGAUUAAGACCUUUAAGUUAUCCACAAACUGAAAUAUUUUUAUGUUGUUUUUCUGUUAUAAGUCCUGAUUCAUUUGAUGAUAUAAAAUUAAAAUGGAUUCCUGAAAUAAUGCAUCAUUGCUCAAAAGACAUAUUAAUAUUAUUAAUUGGUACAAAAAUAGAUUUAAGAGAUGAUUAUCAUAUUUUAGAUGAUUUAAAUUCUAAAAAGAUGAAACCAAUAAGUUAUGAUCAAGGUGUAAAAUUAGCAAAAGAUAUUGGUGCAAUAAAAUAUAUGGAAUGUUCUGCAGCCACUCAAGUUGGUGUAAAAGAAAUAUUUGAUUAUGCAAUAAGAGCAGUAUUAGAUCCACCUACUUUAAAUAAUAAAGAAUAUACAGAAAAAUCAACAAGCAAUACCAUAUCCAACAAUAACAACAAUUCUUCUUCAUUCAAUAAACAUUCAAAUGAUCAAUCAAGUUCAAAUCUAAAUAAAAAGAGGAAAAUAAAAAAAGCUAAGAAAUGUACAAUUUUAUAG